GGCUCAUUUCCAGGGAACAUGCUCUUAUAUCAUUACUGAGACUGGGAGUCAUGGCAACAAUCACACCCAGUUUGAGGUUGUAGCCACCAACAAUCACCGUGGCAAUGACCAUGUGUCCUUUGUGUCAUCAGUGGACAUACAUUUCUCUAAAGAUGCAGAGAGUGCAUAGCUCAAGUGUCAACACAGGAAGGCUUUAUAGUCUUUAAUGCAGCUGACCUUAUUGUCCAAUUUGAUGGCCAGAGUACUCUAUUGGUCAGAAUGAGUCAGCACUAUCAGAAUAAAGUCAGUGGGAUGUGUGGGAACUUCAACGGAGAUCCUUCAGAUGAUAAAGUGAAACCGAGUGGCACACUCGCCCAAAAUGACACUGAGUUUGGACACAGCUGGAAGUCACCAACCAGUCAGCCAGGAUGUGGAUCCACUGAUGAAAUAAAUGAAGAUGGACACUGUCGUUUUUCACAAGAAUACUCUGAACUCUGCAGCAUCAUCACCAACACCAGUGGUCCAUUCAGCGCCUGUCACCUGCACUCUGACCCACAGCCAUUUUUCUCUUCCUGCGUCUAUGAUCUCUGUCUCUACUCUCCAGCCAAUGGCAUGCUGUGUUCUGCAGUUUCAGCUUAUGAGAAAACUUGUUUUAGGCUUGAACAUCCCAGAAUGGCGCCCUGCUUUACACUGUGCCUUGUCAGAUCCCUGUGAACAGCUGAACUGUGCAGAACAUGAGUGGUGCGGGAAGAAAAAUGGAGAGUACGGCUGCUUCUGCGAUGAGCACCAUCAUAGACCAAACAAUGAGAGCUACGACUCGUCCAUCACCUGUGAAAACAGCUCAGGGACCAUGUCUGUGUCCCGCUGCCAGCUGUUUGAGGCCGGCUUUCACUCCAGUGCUCUCCAUCUUAAAGAUAGCUCCUGCAAUGGAACUGUUCCGAAUGGAAGACUUGUUUUCCACUUUGACAAUGAGGGUCAUCUUUGUGGAACCGUUCUCAGGAGCAAUGGAACCCAUUUCAUGUAUGAGAACACCAUUCAGGGGAAUGUGGAUACUCAUGGAAGUAUCAUAAGCCGUCAGAAGAACGUCCAUUUGCUCUUCUGCUGUUCUUACCCUCUGUCCCAGGCCCUGUCUAUGGAUGUGGGCAUAAACCCUCUGGAGAGUGUAGUGAGGAAGAAGCUUCCAGCUGGUGUUGGUGUGUAUCACAUGAGGAUGACCCCCUAUCAGGACGCAGCCUUCCGCUUCCCCUUCACCUCUAAUACAAACAUAGAAAUGGUGGUAGAUGAAAGGCUUUACAUUGAGGUGCGGACUGAAGGUGUGGAUCAACAACAGAUUUCCACUGUUCUGGACUCAUGUUGGGCGACACCAGUCAACAUUGCAAACUACCCUGUUCGUUGGGAUCUCAUUGCUGAAGAAUGUCCCAAUCCAGAUGAUGGUACAGUUGAGCUGGUACAGAAUGGCAUCUCCACAGUGGCUCGUUUCUCCUUCAAGAUGUUCACCUUUACCAACUUCUCAUCCAUUUUCAUUCACUGUAAUGUCCACUUGUGUCUUUUGAGACACAACAACUGCACAGCUCAUUGUUAUCCUGGUCACCCCACGCGUUUCAGGAGGGACUUGUCCUAUCAUGACUCUUCAGCCAUCUCAGUUGGACCACUUCAUCUGAACCCACGUAGCUUAGGAAGGAUCCAGAGCAGCAGUGCUCCAGGACAGAUGACAUCUGUCUUCACCCUGAUCAUUGUUUUGCUGACAGUCAAAAUUCUGAUCCAAUGAGUUUAAAGAGAGCUGAUGUGUUUACCAGCUCCCUUCUUAAAUGUUCAUUUAGGUUUUUCAUUUGGGUUUGUUUUGCGUUAGCAAUCAGGUGGUAGUAAUAGCCUUGCAUACGGAGGUAGGAUCUUUUUACUACACACUGGGGUCAUAAUUAACUUACUGUGAAUUUGAAGCUACUCAUGAAUAAACUCAAGCAAUGGGCUGAUGGGAUACCAUGGCUUUAGUGGGGUGUAAACUGUUUUGAUGUAUUGAAAAUUUACAAUAACUACUGUGUCUGUCAGUCAAAGAAGUCAUCCUAUGGUUAUCUUAAUUAUCAAAUUAUUUCACUUUAAUAAAUAUAAAUUACUUGUCUUUAUUUGUAGAUUUUCAGUUUAAUAAAAAUGCAUCAUUUAUAGUAUAACAACAGUAUUGUUACAUUAAUAUUAGUACAGAUUUUAAACUUGGAAGCUAUACUUAAAGCUUAAGAUACUAUUUUUCUAUUCUUCUAUUAGACUUUUGUUUUCAUUGUGGGCUGGAAGAGGAUGACACUUGGAUUGUUAAUCAAUAUAAAAUAUAAUAAUAAAUAUGCUGCACAGAAGUCCAACAUCUGCAUUGAAGCCCUGAUACAUUUGUUCAUCCAAACAGACAUAAUUUGUGAAAAAAAGAAUAACCACCAUCUCUGUGUUAAAAACUUAAAUGUAAAUAUUUAUUAUAACUUCAUCUGCAAGAGACUCUUGAAAAUG